AUGGUCCAUCGGUGGUGCAGCGGUGGGUGCGAAGCAUCAUCCCGGUGCGAAAACGUCUCCCUCUCCUCAUCCUCCACCACUGCAAACCCCUUCUCCCUGCCCCUCCCCUCGCUCCCUACAUUCCCCGUCCCUAUUCCCCCCGUCCCUACUCUCCCCGUCCCUAUUCUCUUCUCCCCGUCCCUAUUCUCCCUGUCCCUACUCUCCCCGUCCCUACUCUCCCCGCCCCUACUCUUCCCGUCCCAACUCUCCCCAUCCCUACUCUCCCUCGUCCCUACUCUUCCCGUCCCUAUUCUCCCCGUCCCUACUCUCCCCGUCCCUACUCUCCCCGUCCCUACUCUCCCCGUCCCUACUAUCCCCGUCCCUACUCUCCCCGUCCCUAUUCUCCCCGUCCCUACUCUCACCGUCCCUACUCUCCCAGGCCCAAUUCUCCCCGUCCCUACUCUCCCCGUCCCUACUCUCCCCCUCCCUACUCUCCCCGUCCCUUCUCUCCCCCUCCCUUCUCUCCCAGUCCCUACUCUCCCCGGUCCCUACUCUCCCCGUCCCUACUCUCCCCGUCCCUACUCUCCCCGUCCCUACUCUCCCCGUCCCUACCCUCCCCGUCCCUACUCUCCCCGUCCCUACUCUCACCGUACCUAUUCUCUUCUCCCCGUCCCUACUCCCCCUGUCCCUACUCUCCCCGUCCCUCCUCUCCCCGUCCCUAUUCUCUUCUCCCCGUCCCUACCCUCCCCGUCCCUACUCUCUCCGUCCCUACUCUCCCCGUCCCUACUCUCCCCGUACCUACUCUCUCCGUGCAUACUUCCAUCGUCCCUAUUUCCGCCUGCCUAUUUCCCGUCCCUAUUUCCGCCUGCCUAUUUCCUUUAUCACCUCGCAUCACUCCGUGCCACCGCAGUCCCACGCAUCCCUCCACCAGUGGUGGCGCGCAUCUCACCCGCCUCGUCACAAGCACACCUGCCGCUUCAGUUCCGCCCACGCGGCUGCAGGCGAGCCUGGCGGAAGGGCGGUGGGCGCGCGCCAGGCGAGGCGCGCAGCACCGACGUGCACCGCGUGACGCUGCUGCCGCUGUGA